GAGAUUUAGUCCGACCAGCGGACGAUAGGAGCAGCUGUGGGUGCAGCUAGCAGGCUGCAUCUGGAAGGAAGCGGAAAUAAAAUAUAGAAUUUUAAAAGAAAGGGAUAGAUAAUAGCCAUAGAGGCUCAUAUACACACGCUAAAAGCAAGAUAUAAGGUUUAGGUGCAGCAAACCCGAGAGUCUAACCUGAACUAUUCCUACUAAGCAAAAGGGUACGUGAUUGUAACCGUUAUAUGAGGAUCUAGCCGCCGAGGAACGGCUUGCCGACGGGAGGAAGGACUCUGAGAAAACGACCGUGGGAUUCUGGAUUUGUUGUUGCUACUUUUUAUAGUUUAAAGCGUCUUCGUCUCCGCUCACCAAGGAAUAAACCGCUGCACAGCACUGCACGCAUUCCCAGUACCUGUUCCACAGAGGCGCGCAGGUGUUCAAAAUCCCACACUAUGGAGGCCAUUGCCAAAUACGAUUUUAAAGCAACUGCAGACGACGAGCUAAGUUUCAAACGUGGAGAAGUCCUAAAGGUUUUAAAUGAAGAAUGUGACCAGAACUGGUACAAGGCUGAGCUCAACGGGAAAGACGGAUUCAUCCCCAAAAACUACAUAGAGAUGAAAGCUCAUCCGUGGUUUUUCGGGAAGAUCCCGCGGGCCAAGGCGGAGGAGAUGCUGAACAAACAGAGGCACGACGGGGCCUUCCUGAUCAGGGAGAGCGAGAGCGCGCCGGGAGACUUCUCCCUGUCCGUCAAGUUCGGUAACGACGUGCAGCACUUCAAAGUCCUCCGCGACGGGGCGGGGAAGUACUUCCUGUGGGUGGUGAAGUUCAACUCGCUGAACGAGCUGGUGGACUACCACCGCUCCACCUCCGUGUCCCGAAACCAGCAGAUCUUCCUGCGGGACAUCGAGCAGGUGCCCCAGCACCCCGCGUACGUCCAGGCGCUGUUCGAUUUCGACCCCCAGGAGGACGGGGAGCUGGGCUUCAGGCGCGGCGACUUCAUCCAGGUCCUGGACAACUCCGACCCCAACUGGUGGAAAGGGGCGUGCCACGGGCAGACGGGCAUGUUCCCCCGCAACUACGUCACGCCCGUCAACAGGAACAUGUGAACCGAACCCUAAACAAAACGCCCUGCCCCGCCCCACCCCGCCCCGCCCUCGCAGAUCUGCUGCAGCACGGAAGAACGGAGGGGGCGGGGCUUCCGACGGAAGACCACCCGUGACCCGAAUACUGAGAACGUUCGCUCCCAUGGUGAACGCCGCCGGCACCCCCGGACUGGCCGACAAGACAAAAAGAAGAAAGAGAAAAAAACAGAAAAUGAAACAUAGUGCACCGGAAUCCUGCUUUUAAAAGAGAGAAAUGAUUUUACCUGUUAAUUCCCUCACCUGCUUCCACUUCUCCUCCGUUUUAUCCUCCUGUGUUUCUUUCCGCAUGUUUUACACACAGAUGAUUCCUAAUGCUGUUUAAAACAAAUUGCAAUUAAAAGAAAAAAAGAACAGAAAAUUAUAACUACUAAAAAAAAUAUAUAUAACAUAAAUUGUAAAAACUUGAUGCUCAACUGCAGCAAGCCUCCCAAGACGGAGACCAACAGCCCACAAGCAUUUAACAUCAGACAUGGGCUCUCAACAAAUCACAUACAGAAAUUCCAAUUUUUUAAAGAAUAUUUUUGUGUAUGUGUGUAUGUAUGUUUACACACAUGCAGUGUGUGCUUGUGUAUGUGGUAUGUAUGUUUACACACAUGCAGUAUGUGUGCUUGUGUGUGUGUGUAUGUAUGUUUACACACAUGCAUUAUGAGUGCGUGUGUGUGUUUGUUUCAGCUCUCCUCUCAGUGUGUUAUGCUUUUUGUUUUGUUUUGCGAUUAUGUAAAUUGUGUAAUGCUUCCUGCUAGUCUGGGUAGGACCUGGGCUGCUCUGGGAUCUGCUGAAAUGCCUGUGCAGUUGUCCUCAAUUAUCUGAAUCCGCUCAGAUAAAACAGAAAAAAAAUAUUUAAGGCAUAGAAACUCGGCUUUCAGCGGUUUCUUCUCGGCCAGCGAAAAGAAAAUGAAAGGAGCACGUUCAGGCUGUCGUCCUGCAGGAGCUGGAAUGAGUGAAAUCAUGUGUUAAAGUGACCGCCUUUCCACCGUGUAUUUAUUGCAGGUGUUUCGCUGUAGGAUCCUGAAUGUAGCGGUCGCAAGUCAACAAGACAUCGACACCAGGGAAGUGCAGUCUGAACUGAACACAACUGCAAGUGACUGCAGAAACAAGCCAGAUUUCACUAGCUAUAUGUAUAUAUAUAUGUGUGUUUGUGUGUGUGUGUGCAUGUGUGUGUGUAUAUACACACACACCAUACACAUAAAUUAAUAUACACACGUACACUGUAUUAAAGUACAUGACAAGGUGUAUUUGGAUAAUCAAAUAAUUUCCAGUAAGUCUCUGGCCUGGAAACAGUGUGCAUUGAGUCUGUCUGUGAUGGUGUUUGUUCGGUCUCGUAUGUUGAAUGGUUGAGCACUUCUAUGUUGGUGUUUUUGUCCUAUGGAUAGUGCCUUUCCUAUCACCGCGGUCUCAGUUUCUUAGGCCUGCUGGGAAAUGCGGUCCAGCCAGCCCUGCAGUGACAGGAAGUGUAAAUAGCCAUUCUGUCCCAGGAAAAAAAAUUAUCCCGCCUUUUCUUUGCCAAUGUUCUCAUGGAAGACCCUUCUUAUUUAAAUGUUUUUUUUUUUUUUGUUCGUUUGUUUUUUGUUUUGUUUUUGCCUUCUCCUACCUAAUAAUACUCAAUGUUUUUGCUUUUUUUAUUUUGUGUUCUGUUGGUUCUGUUUUCAAAUUAAUAAAAAUGAAAUGAGUAAAAAAAAAACAACUGAAAUAAGUGUUAUAUUGUAAAGGGACAUGGCUGUGUUUCAGGGUGGGGGUGGGGAGGGGGGCAUUAUUGUCAUUUUCUGAGGCCAAUUUCAGUGUUUUAAUUAACAGUAUGUAAUGUUGAAAAGAAUAUUCUUGUUUAAUGAUCUUGAAUGUAUCAAGAGGGCUCUAGUCAUUGUAUGCCAUAGCCAAUAAUGUAACUGAAUGGAGUUAAUACUGCUUGUUCUGAUUGGUCUCUCAGUUUUGCAGGCGUGUCAUACUCUUUCUUCUGAUUGGUCUCUCAGUUUUGCAGGCGUGUCAUACUCUUUCUUCUGAUUGGUCUCUCAGUUUUGCAGGCGUGUCAUACUCUUUGUUCUGAUUGGUCUCUCAGUUUCGCAGGCGUGUUUUUUGUUGUUGUUGAUGUGUUUUUGCCUCACUGCUGCGUCCGCGCUCGUACCCCUCCUGAGCCGUUUGAAGAGCAGUGGCCUGGCUGUGUGCUUCUCCUGCUGCAUCAUCACCCCACAGUGGGGGUGUGGCCUGGCUGUGUGCUUCUCCUGCUGCAUCAUCACCCCACAGUGGGGGUGUGGCCUGGCUGUGUGCUUCUCCUGCUGCAUCAUCACCCCACUCUGGGGGCGUGGCCUGGCUGUGUGCUUCUCCUGCUACAUCACCCCACAGUGGGGGCGUGGCCUGGCUGUGUGCUUCUCCUGCUACAUCAUCACCCCACUCUGGGGGUGUGGCCUGGCUGUGUGCUUCUCCUGCUACAUCAUCGCCCCACUCUGGAGGUGUGGCCUGGCUGUGUUAGAAUCCUUCAUUUGGGACGAUAACUGAAUAAAGACAUGGGACAAAAUGC